GCCGGGCUGGUCCCUCCCUGCUCGGGGCCGGCGGCCGUCCUCCCCGCGGCGAUGGAGCGGGACCGCGGGCAGCUGCCGCCGCUGUCGCCCUCGCCCAGAUCCAGCUUUACUUAUGGAAUUGUUCAAGAUCUGAGAUCAAUGAAAAAAUCUAUUUGCGUGCAAAAAAGGAUCAUUUUGGCUUAUCCGUUUUAAAAUCGAGUAUGGCACUUGGUGACUCAUCUACAGGAUUUUUUUGUUGAUGUCUGAGGAACAAAGUGUUUUUCCAACCUAUACUUCUGUAACACUAUGACUAACUGUAAAGACAGAUCUACCAUCACCAAAACAAAUAGCAAAGUUCAUGACAGAGAAGGUUUUGUUAAUUGGACCAUAAAUCUUAGCACAAUUCAAUCUGAUAAAUUUUUGAACCUGCUUUUGAGUAUGGUUCCUGUUGUUUACCAGAUAAACCAGGAUGAAAGACACAAAAAGGUGAAUGGUGUUUGGCAAGAUGGAUUACAGCCAGCAGGACACAAUUUUAAUGGUAGAUCUGAUCAGCACAUGGAGUACCAUCACUUCUCAGAACCCAGUUUUCAUGGUAGUAAUGGACACAGCCCGUCUAGCAGUAGCCCUAAAUAUGAUGACUUUACAAGUUAUAAUUACUGUGAUGGAAUGGAUGCUUCAGAAACAGAUGCCAUGUUGCAGGAAGAUAACUUCUCUAGUGACAGUAACGAGGAUAUCAUUGUGGAAGGGAGCAGAAAACAGCCCAAAGAAUCUAGUAGUAUUAUGGCAUUACAGAUACUUGUACCUUUUUUGCUAGCAGGAUUUGGAACCGUUUCUGCUGGCAUGGUUUUGGAUAUCGUACAGCACUGGGAUGUGUUCAAGAAUGUUACUGAAGUUUUUAUUCUGGUUCCUGCACUUCUUGGUCUCAAGGGAAAUUUAGAAAUGACCUUGGCUUCCAGACUGUCAACUGCUGUAAAUAUUGGGAAAAUGGAUUCUCCCAUUGAAAAGUGGAACCUAAUAAUUGGCAAUCUGGCCUUAAAACAGGUUCAGGCAACAGUAGUUGGCUUCCUGGCAGCAGUGGCAGCAGUUAUAUUGGGCUGGAUUCCAGAGGGCAAAUACCGCUUUGAUCAUUCAAUCCUUUUGUGCUCUAGCAGUGUAGCAACGGCCUUCAUAGCUUCUCUUUUACAAGGAAUAAUAAUGGUUGGAGUUAUUGUUGGAUCAAAGAAGACCGGUAUUAAUCCUGACAAUGUUGCCACUCCUAUAGCAGCAAGUUUUGGAGAUCUUAUCACUCUUGCUAUACUAGCAUGGAUAAGUCAGGGUCUUUAUACUUGCCUUGAGACAUAUUACUAUGUAUCUCCUUUGGUUGGUGCCUUUUUUUUGGCUCUGACUCCCAUGGGGAUUGUCAUAGCUGCCAAACACCCAGCAACCAGAACUGUUCUGCAUUCAGGAUGGGAGCCUGUUAUAACUGCUAUGAUUAUCAGCAGUAUUGGUGGCCUUAUUCUGGACACAACUGUAUCAGAUCCUAAUUUGGUUGGAAUUGUUGUUUAUACUCCAGUAAUUAAUGGUAUUGGUGGUAAUCUAGUAGCUAUUCAAGCUAGCAGAAUUUCUACCUACCUCCAUUUACACAGCAUUCCUGGAGAACUGCCAGAAGAAGCAAAGGGUUGCUAUUAUCCAUGCAGAACCUAUUAUGGUACAGGCGUAAAUAACAAAUCAGCCCAAGUUCUGCUUCUUCUGGUGAUUCCUGGACACCUAAUUUUCUUGUACACUAUCCAUUUAAUGAAAAGCGGCCAUACUUCUUUAACUCCCAUCUUUAUAGCGGUAUAUUUGUUUGCAGCUCUGCUACAGGUGUUUACUCUGUUAUGGAUUGCUGACUGGAUGGUGCACCACUUCUGGAAAAAAGGAAAAGAUCCUGACAGUUUUUCUAUCCCUUAUCUUACCGCAUUGGGAGAUCUGCUCGGAACUGCCUUGCUAGCCAUGGGUUUUCAUUUUCUGUGGCUCAUAGGUGACAGAGAUGGGGAUGUUGGAGACUAAUCAUUCCAGUGAUGCAACUGAUGACUUUUUCCAGAAUAUUGAGAACACCGAGCGUUCCACUUGAAGGUCCUCAAAAUAAUUGUCCUAUUUGGUAUGAGUAGAUAAAACAGCCUUAAAUGUUUUUGGUUUGAUUUGUUCUUUUUUUUAAAAAAAAACAAAAAAGAUAGAUGUAGGAGGAGAUUUGAGACCUUUACAAUGAAAAUAAGGAGGAUUGCUGCUGGUUGAAAACAUCUGAGUAGAUGCAAUGAAAGGUAGAUCAAUCUUUUUCCAAGUUUAACAUUUUUACAAAAUCUAGUCUUUUAAAAGAACAAUUCAUUAUGUGUAGCAUGAACCAGAAAAAUCUCUAAUUGAUCAUUCAGUGGUGAUGAGGAGGAGUGUGCCAAUCAGUAGCUUGCCUUGUUUUUUUUCUCACCCAAAAUAAGUGGGUAUAUAUUUUCAUCUUACCACAGAAGUGGCUGGUAGACCUCACAUGAGUUCAGUUUUACAGAUAUUCCCUGACUAGUUGAUUAUAUGUUCCUAUCUUGCAGUUUUAGUGCUAUAGCUCUUUGACUGUUGCAGACUUUAUAUCAAUAAUAACUAUUACAGUGACUUGAACCCUGAUUGUCUAAACAUUUUGUCAUAUGCUUUAUUUUAAAUAUACUAAUAUGACCAUCAGCAUUUAUAAAGCUAGACAUUUGAAAAGUGUCUGCAGGAUUGAGCCCUUUCGCUUCUUACUAAAAAGAGCAACUUAAUUAUUUUGCUGUUCUAAUUUAUUAGAACUGAUGCAUAGUAAAGACUUAGAAUAUGACACUGAUCUGAUCAAAAGUAAUGGGUGAAUAAUUAAAAUUCCCUGUGUUGAAAAGCUUAUUUUCAUUUAGCAACUGGAAAGGUGUUGAACUAAUCAAUAUUAAUGGUGUUAUGAUGGCACUGACAUUUGAUAGAAUAUGCCAGUAUUUUGAGUUUAGUAAAAUAUUUAGAGGU